GAGCCAUACGGGCCGGAAAAAUGGCGCCUCCCAGUCCUCGGGAGCCCAAAGCUCCAUCGGCUACCAGCGCGACCAAGUCCGACGGGGAGAUGGUGUUGCCGGGCUUCCCGGACGCAGACAGCUUCGUGAAGUUUGCUCUUGGGUCAGUGGUGGCAGUCACCAAGGCAUCUGGGGGCCUACCACAGUGUGGCGAUGAGUAUGAUUUUUACCGAAGUUUUCCUGGCUUUCAGGCAUUUUGUGAAACACAGGGAGACAGGUUGCUUCAGUGCAUGAGUAGGGUAAUGCAGUACCAUGGGUGUCGCAGCAACAUUAAGGAUCGAAGCAAAGUAACUGAGCUAGAGGACAAAUUUGAUCUCCUAGUUGAUACCAAUGAUGUGAUUCUGGAGAGAGUGGGUAUUUUACUGGAUGAAGCAUCAGGUGUAAAUAAGAAUCAACAGCCUGUCCUCCCUGCAGGUCUGCAGGUCCCCAAAACAGUAGUGUCCAGCUGGAACCGGAAGGCAGGAGAAUAUGGCAAAAAAACAAAAUCUGAAACUUUCCGGCUGCUUCAUGCAAAAAACAUCAUCCGACCUCAGCUCAAGUUUCGAGAGAAGAUUGACAAUUCCAACACGCCAUUUCUUCCUAAAAUCUUCAUCAAGCCCAAUGCUCAGAAACCCCUCCCUCAGGCUCUGUCUAAAGAAAGGCGGGAGCGCCCACAGGAUCGUCCUGAGGACUUGGAUGUGCCCCCUGCGCUGGCGGAUUUCAUCCAUCAGCAGAGAACCCAGCAGGUUGAGCAGGACAUGUUUGCACAUCCUUACCAAUAUGAACUAGAUCACUUUACUCCUCCAGAUUCCGUUUUUCAAAAGCCACAACCCCAGUUAUAUAGACCUGUAGAAGAAACACCCUGCCAUUUUGUAUCUUCCUUGGAUGAACUUGUGGAACUCAAUGAAAAGCUCUUGAAUUGUCAAGAGUUUGCAGUAGACUUGGAGCACCACUCUUAUAGGAGCUUCCUUGGACUGACUUGCCUGAUGCAAAUCUCCACCCGGACAGAAGACUUCAUCAUUGACACCCUCGAGCUUCGAAGUGACAUGUACAUUCUCAAUGAGAGCCUCACAGACCCAGCCAUUGUUAAGGUCUUCCAUGGUGCUGAUUCAGACAUAGAGUGGCUACAGAAAGACUUUGGGCUGUAUGUAGUAAACAUGUUUGACACCCAUCAGGCAGCGCGCCUUCUUAACCUGGGCAGGCACUCGCUCGAUCAUCUGCUCAAACUCUACUGCAGCGUGGAGUCCAACAAGCAGUAUCAGCUGGCUGAUUGGCGAAUACGCCCCCUGCCUGAGGAAAUGCUCCACUACGCCCGGGAUGAUACCCAUUACCUGCUCUACAUCUACGACAAGAUGAGGCUGGAGCUGUGGGAGCGAGGUGGCGGCCGGCCGGUUCAGUUGCAGGUGGUGUGGCAGCGGAGCAGGGACGUCUGCCUCAAGAAAUUCAUCAAACCUCUCUUUACGGAUGAGUCCUACCUUGAACUGUAUAGGAAGCAAAAGAAGCAUCUCAACACGCAGCAGUUGACAGCGUUUCAGCUGCUGUUCGCCUGGAGGGAUAAGACAGCUCGCAGGGAGGAUGAAAGUUAUGGAUAUGUACUGCCAAACCAUAUGAUGCUGAAGAUAGCUGAAGAACUGCCUAAGGAACCUCAGGGCAUCAUAGCUUGCUGCAACCCAGUACCACCUCUUGUACGGCAGCAGAUCAACGAAAUGCAUCUUCUAAUCCAGCAGGCCCGAGAGAUGCCCCUGCUCAAGUCUGAAGUUGCAGCUGGAGCAAAGAAGACUGGACCCCUGCCCAGUACUGAGAGAUUGGAGAAUGUUCUCUUUGGACCUCAUGACUGCUCCCAUGCACCUUCAGAUGGCUAUCCAAGCUUCCCUGCCAGUGGAUCUGUGCCACUGCAGAAACAGGUGAGCCUCUUCCCUGACCAAAAAGAAGAGACCUCACUGGAUACCCGAUGCCUUCUUGCUACAGCUGUCAUCACGUUAUUUAACGAACCUAGUGAAGAAAAUGGACAGGGUCCAUUAACAGUCGCACAGAAAAAAGCCCAGAGGAUAAUGGAGUCCUUUGAAAAUCCUUUUAGGAUGUUUCUGCCUUCACGAGGACACCAAGCUCACAUCUCUGAGGCAGCAAAGUUCGACCCAUCAACGAAAAUCUAUGAACAUUAUGAAUAAGGAUAAGAACACACCUCCCCUGGAUCCCCAUGAGAUGUUCCUGGGAGCCAGCGUGUUCAUGUCUGUUAACAGCCUCCUUCCUCCCUGCAGGAAGUGGCCGCUCUGCUGACGUGGGCGGCUCCGCCCGGCAGCACAGCUCUUUCCUUAGGCCAACCUGAGCGGCCUGGCCCUGUUGCUGUGGGUUGGCCUGCUAUUUUUAGAAAUGGAGAGUCAGGUGGGGUUUUGCCUUCUCUCCUCCUUUCCCCCACUGGUCGUGGCACGUUGAGCUACUGUGCAUCCACUACCUUGCUUAUGGUCAGUGUUACCUAGGUGUGUUCUGAUGCCACAGGUCCACGUGGUGUCACAGAGCACAGCAGACCUGAAUCUAGCCCUAUCCCUUGGACAAGUUAUUUAGCCUCCCCGAGCCCUUCUGCUCGUCUCUAAAGAGCUGGUGAUGCUAGUACCUUUGUCUCAGGGUCACAGAAGGGAUUGAAUGAGACAGCGGAUGGGACAGCCUCCGGCCCUGUGCCUGGAGCACAGUUGGACUUUGUCAUCCUAAAUAAGGAUUUUAUAAAUAAAGCCAGCAUGAGAUUUUGCUUUUCGUGUGCUUAGAUUUAGAAUUUAUGACUCAGAAUGUGUGUACUUAUUAGUUUAGCAUGCCCUACAUCACCUCAUUAAAAAAGUAAGGUAUGCCUAGGUGGCUGAGUUUUGGAGUUUUUUCUGUUAUGUUUGUUUUCAUUAUAGAUCAGCAACCGUUGGAAGUUGGCAAGCCAGGUACAGGUACAAAA